AUGUCAACUUUGUACCGCGAAUGUCUGGUCCAGGCACAUCUGGUCGAACAACAGUGUCUGAAUUCAGAAUUACAGACUGCAUUGAAUCGCGUAGACAACUUAUCACAUCAAAUCGAUCGUCUCACGGAAGGUCUGUCUUCACACAAACAAGCCCUAACGCGAGCAGACAGUUUGAACCUGCGAUUGACGAAUCAAGUGAACAGCCUGAAGACUGAAUUGACCGCGGUCAAUGAUGAAUUACUGAAGGAGCGAUCAAAUUCUAACCAAGCCGAACCGAACGCGGAAUCGGUUAGCACCCAACUAUUUGACCAGCAACAGACUAUUACGAUAUUACGCGCACAGUUGGACUCUAUUUCCGCCGAGAAAUCUGCAUCGGACAAGGAACGAGUUGAAUUGAAAAAAGCUUUUGAGGAAUGCGAGAAUUUGUUGACUAGGGAACGCAAACGAGCAGAGGCAGCGGAACAGCAACUCAUGGAUCUAAAGGCGAAUUGGAAGGAAGCAUCCAACGCCUUGAGCAAAGCGGUGCACUCAACUAGCACAAACGGAAGCGGACAGAUCCCAGACAGUCCUUUAAAAUCUCAAUUGGAGAAUCUGCUCAAGUCCAGUCCUGAGGAUGGUUCAACCAGUGGGGAUCUGUUCCACGCGAUCAGUCGCGCGGCGACCAAUUUGGCAAUGGCCAGGCACACAGCAAACAAAGCCGAACGCCGUGCUCGGGAAUUGCAGGCAACAAAUCAGUCUUUACGUCUUUCUCUGGCCGAAGCUGAGCUCCGUUUGAUGCCGUUGCUUGUGACUGUGACCAAUCGUGAACCAGUAGAUUCCACGACUCCUACAACAUCGGCAGCGUCCAGCGUCCGAAAUACCAAUUCUGCGGUCACCAAUGCGCGUGAAUCACUAGCUCGAGAUCGAAAUCAACUGAAUGCGAGUUCCCGAUUCGCCGAAUUAAAAGGGAUGUGUUCACGACUUUUGUCCUUGGCCUCUGCUGAGGACCGGUCUUCUCCACCACCAGAUAAUUCUGAUGAGGCGGAAGACGAAGAAGACGAUAGUCCUCAUUCAUUACUCCUGAGCACGAUUUCACCAAAUAAGACACCGGUGCAUCGCAGACAUCCACAUUCUGAUCGUUCGUUCUCUCAGUCUGCGGCUGAACGCGACUCCGGCCCAUUUUCUCCUGCUCAUCCAGUUGCGGGUGCCACGAUAGCCAACUCGCUUACUCAGUCGUGUAUAGCCAAUCCCGACCACGUGGAACGAACAUUCCGGAAUCUUCACACGCGUUUUCUGCGCUCGGAGAGUUAUAGGCGUGCGCUGACCUUCCAAAAACGUUAUCUUUUGCUUUUGUUGGGCGGAUUCCAAUACAGCGAAGAGACUGUAUUGGCGAGCAUUUGUCGACCGGAUUCCACGGUACCAGUCGAUACUUCACCUUCCAGUGAUGGAUUACCUAGUCCCGAUUUCCGAGUUCAUCCCUUGCGCAGGUUCCGCGUUGCGGUGCGGGCGGUACAAGUCAUUCAUCGCAUGCAUCAAAUGAUCCACCGAUGGCGACGCUCCGGAUUACACUACUCCUCCUCCCGUGCCCCUGGAGAAAGACUUCUCGUACCAGGGCCCACACCGACAGUUCUGCAAAACCUGCCCAACUACACGCAAUACGCACAAUUUCCUUGGUCACGCCCGACUGAACCGCCACGACCACCGAUCAUGAAUUUGCGUACACCGUUACGAGAGCUGGAUGUUGGCACUCUAGGUCGUUACCAACCUGAGCCACAUGUUCCAUCGAGUCAAGAGUUUACGUACCAAUCACCCUAUCCGAACCAGUUCCCGGUCGAAUGGCCUGAGUCUUUCUACUCUACCAAACCAGUGGGACACUACACCGCGCCCUCACAAACAGAUGAUCCAUACUCGGCAGCCCAGAUGGCUCCUCCGAACACUUGGUCUCAUCGCACAGUAACCACAUCCAGUCCGCUUGCUGCGAACCGUUCCCAGACUCUUCGAACGUGUCCGGGAAAAAUGGCAGUGCCACGUUCGGCAGACUGGGCCACCGCGUCAACUACUACCAACACGUCUCAAAUGAUCGUUCGAUCCGGGCCAUCGUACACAUGCAGUUCAAACUCGUACCCAAUCAAUGUUCAUCUUCCAACACGACAAAGCACGGUUCUUUGUGACACGAAUUCGAAUCAUCACGUUCAAUUUGAGCAAACCCAUUUGCGCACUAGAAUCCCGUCGGCAGUCACCAUACCUCCCGGUUCUGAGCGGCGUCGUCCCGCGCCUCAUACACCAACAGCAAUGCGAAACGGAGUCUCAUUCUCAACACGACUUCAAACCAACUCCCGUACUUCAGUUCCACCUAGGAAAACGAAUGCCACCACGUUCACUCGUCCUUGUCGGCAACCCCCAUUCAAAUAA